AUGGCAGUUUUGGUGAAAACUUGUUGCUGUGGCUGCAGCCUCGGUGCAGGUGUUAUGAUUCUCGGAAUCUUAGGCCUGGUAAGUUCCAGCAGCUAUUAAUCGCUUUUCACACCCUAGUAAUGAUAGUACCCGGUUUAACGAUUUUCGCUAUUUCGUACAAAUCGCGAACUUUAAGUUCCGGGAAAAUUAUACUCAGAGCAAAAAUUAGCCACGCGGAAUUUUGUUACGUCGCGUUGACUGAUCAGACGAAUAUUAAGACAUAAUUUCCAAUAUGCUUUUCUCUGCUCUAUAACGGCUAUAUUUUUACCAGUAAAAUGUCGUAAAAAAUAAUUUGUCAACGUCAACGCAGAGACAUAUGCGCAUUCUGAAUUUUCAGGACGACAGAACAACUCAGUGCAAACUUCAUAACUUUUCAGUAUUCGGUCAAAAACGGGCAUUCUAGAAUAAAUUGUUUCACGGUAAAAUUAGAUGUUGCAGCUGCAACUGAUACUCUGAAGUAAGGAAAUGAUCUUCUCUGGUGACCUACUGAUAAAAAAUAGAAGCCGGACAAACUUCGGACUUCAACAGCAUUCGAAGGUAUAGCUCUCACAUACUAGUCAUUCGCCGCCAUUACCUGAGCUACGAAACUUCAUGAAUGGAGCGAGACAAAUUCCAUCGAGUUCUUCGUUCCUUUCAAGGAAUCUGAUUUUAUAAUAGAAAUAAUAUUUUGAUCUUGGGAUGGUAUUGAAGUAAAGACUCGAUCAAUGCAGGUGAGCUGUAACUAAAGAAAUUGAAGUACGGAAGACCUCGUGGCUGGUGUGACGCGGCCUUUCGUUUCGGCCAAUAAACUUUAAAGCCAACUCGUUGCACUUCGCGCUCACAGUUCGAGAAUUCAAGAUGUUCCUCUAUAACAGAAGGAUUUUCAACCGCAGUUUUACUAGUUAUAAUUUUUUCAAAAAUCAUAAGAGAAGAAGCCGGAAAAAUGAAACCACACACGAUUCGAACGCAGCACUUUCAGCUGGGCUCCCCUUCAACUGUGCAAUGAAAUAACAUGUACUGGAAGCGUAAUCAUAGAGAAUAACACAUAGGCGCGCUUAGAUACGGAAUUUCUCUGUGUUCAACUCGAUAGCUCACGAGUGAGAUAUCGAGUUGAACACUCAAAGAUAAAUUCCAUAUCUGGAAGCAACCAUGUAUUAUUUUCUUUAUCAUAUAAACACAAUAGCCCCUCACUGACAAGACAAGUCGUCUUAAUUGACGAUUCGACAAUCCCUGACUAAAAAUUGUAAAGUGAGUUUGCGCUUAAGCCGAAGAUGAAAAAUGCGUUGAAUAAGUAUAAAAACAACAAUGGGCCUAAUUUUAAUACACAAAAUUCUCAGUUACCGACUUUGUCCUUAGCGACAGAAGAAAUCUUUCAGGUUCACGGCCAAAAGCGGCCUGUGGCAAAUAUUCCAGUUGUCGAUUUUCAUUCUCAGCCGCGAGAAAUGCCAGUAUAAAAGUCACUGAAUACGUAACUUUCGGUUUUUCUCUUCGCAUUUUGGUUUUCUCCCCUUCUAAGAAAGUUUGAACGUCACUGUCGGUAAGCGGUGCGAAUUUUUCAGCGUUUUAGCAGCCACAAUCCGAGAAUGUUCUGAAAAACAACCACGGCGGACAUUGAAUGAUGACAGCUUUGCUGCUCAUUCAUCAACCUGACCGAGUGGCGCGAAUGACGUGUUAACAGCUGACUGGCGAUAUCAAACACACAUGAAAAAAUAUCGUAUUUUUUCACGUGCGUUGUUACGGCUUUUCUCGGGGCUGGAAAUGCUUGUACAACACCGUAGUUUAUAUGAUAAAAUAUAUUGCAUGUGGGAGGCAUGAGUUCCAGUUCCUUUUUAAUAUGUUUCCCUUCAAUCUUUGUAACUAACGCCUAAUUACAAGCAUCGUUUCUGUAUUUGAAUAUCAUUUUAGUGUUCGCUUUGCUCUAACCGAAAGCAGGAGCUAGUGGAUGUCACUGAACUUUUUUUAUUAUUUGUCACACACCGCGUGACAAUUGUGUGACAAAGAAUUACGUCAUGAAAAGGGAAUUGGCCAAGCCUUGGGAAACAGCACGUCUUAUCGUGACUUAGAUUGUUAUUCGAUGGAUGAUCUGUAGGGGCAUAUUUCGGGUGAACAGUACCAGUUUAUCACUCAGUCGCUUAAGAAAAGUCUACGUGACAGAAGGAAAUAAUUGAAUGUAUCGUUUUAUCUUGCUUUUUUAUCUUGGGGGAGGGGGGGGGGGGGGGGGGGGGGGGGGGGUAGGGGAGGGAGGGAUGGGGGGGGAGGGGGAGGGGAGGGAGGAGGAGAUGGGGAGGGGCGAGGGGCGAGGGGGUGGGAAGAAGGGAAAAUGUUAAGGGUUCGAAUUGAUCGGCGCACAAAUAUUUGCAGUCCAACUGUGUUUUUAUGUUUGAAACAUAGCCUCUUCCUUCCUCAUCACAAAUGACACAAGUUUGUUUGAAAGUUAAACCUUCGCAUGUUUUUCUGGUGAAUUCAAAAGAGAGUAAUCUGUAUUUACUGUGGUAUAUCAAAUCUGAUCUGUAGUUGCAUUUCUUUUUUCAUUUCAGUUUGCAUCAGCUUAUUCAAUUUAUCAAAACAGUCAGUCAAUCAAAGUUAACUUGAAGCAUAUAGAGGAGAACGCUGACGAAAUCAGCCAGGAUUUACAUUUCAACAAAAAGGAUUUCCUGGGUAUUAAGGUUUACUUUUGUCUUGUUCCGUAAAAUCUGUUAUAAAGAACACGUGUUUAGCUAGGAUGAAAAUAUUUCCAUUGGUGAGAUUAUACGUAAAAUUGUGUGGGGCUUCUUUAGUGACUCCAAUAUUUAUUUUACAUCGGUUCGUGAUCUUGUGUGAAAAUGAAAGUUCCACCAAUAAUUUUUAGAAAUGUUCAAACCUUUUUCUGCAAAAUAAACCGUCCCAGUCAGACAAGGUUCUCUCUCAUUUUCUGAUUAUAUUCUCACUGAUUAAUUGAUUAAUGCACUUUCUUAUUUUUUAACGAUCAUCUCUAAAUAUAGUGAUCGUGAGAUUGGCAUAUGUUUCCCUGGUAUUCGGAGUCAUCUCACUGUUGGUGAACCUGUUGCUUCUGGGAUCCUGUUGCUCAGUAAGUCCAACACACUAAGAACGUAAUUUUAGCACGUAACUUAAAAAGAUUUGAGAAGAUUAAACAUUAUGACAAAAUUUGUCUCAGAGGUACACAAUAAUUCUUCUUUUAGAAAUUUAAAACUAGCCGGUAUAUUGGGCAAUGAAAAUGGCUUUCCUAGUCAAAAUUUCAUUAAUUAAGGUUUUGCUUCGCUAAAUAGUUUUUGUAAGUUUGUUUGUUUUUUCUUUCAUUUUUAUGCAUUAGAUAAACAAUAGUCUCUAUUUGGCGCAAAAAUAUGCACGGAUACUUGUCAGUAAACAUAAUCUCUUCCGUGAGGGAAACCGUGAGCCUCGAGGGACAGAUAAUUGCAAGGAUAUAUGUACGAGCAACGGAGGCAGUUGUGUUUAUUAUCUUUAAAGUCGUUUUUGCAACUUUCAACGCACGGGAAAAUGUUUACGAGCAAUUUGCUGUUUGCUGCGUAAGAUGUUCACUUUUCAAUGCUCUUUGGUACGACUUUAUGAACAAACAAACCUCUCGUCUUGUAACAAUACCUAAACACUCUUUCGUCUUGAAUUUAAUUAUGAAUAAACGCCUUCAUAGUCGUUGAUGUAUGGUUUGAAAAAUGGGGAGUAUUACGAUAAUAUGAUGUGUUUGAACCAAUCGCGCGGAAGAAAAGCUUUGAUAGAAGUGUAUUCGAAUGAUUAUCUCACAUUAAUUCAACACUUAAAAAAAAAAAAAUGGAAAAAAUGUUUAUAUGACAGCAAAACACAAAUCGUCAAAUUUGCGGUUUUCGCUUUAAAUUGCCGAUUUUUCGUUUUGACUCGACCCAAACAGUCGCAGCUUAAAGCGCUGACUUUUAUUUAUUUAUUUAUUUGUAAGUUUACGUCACUGGUCAUCGUUCUUUUUCGUCGCAGGUUGACAAACAUUUGGCAUUUCCUUGGCUUGGGUGGAGCAUCUUCGAGCUCUUUUUCAGUUUUGGAGUGAUUAUAUAUUACAUUACCAUCUGCAAAGGGGUAAAUUGAAACAACUUUUUCUUUUCUUAUAAAGUAUUAGUAGAGAGCUUUUCCACGAACUUAACAUGAUUUCUGUUUCCUUCUAUUAUACAGUUUCCCGUAUUUUUAUUUAUUGACAUCACUAGAUGGCUGCUAUCGGUAUGUUUUGUUUCAGUUUAUUUAAAAAUUUAUAUUUGAGAGUCGGAGAAAAACUCGAAAUUGCAUUGAUUUUGCCUUGGCUCUGUGAUUGGUUCCUUUUUAAUUCUGUGAUUACUUGGCCGGUUUUGGUUUUAGCACACUCAGUCGAAAAGCACUCUAUUCUACUGUUCAACUGAAUUGAUGAUGGCCUGGGUCUGAACUCAUUCCCUCCCAAUUUUUUUUUCCAAGAUCUACUUCAUCAUUGUGGUGUAUUCGUACAUCGAAGCACUUCGUGAAGAUCCUUCGGGAACAAGUGCAGGAUUUUCUCCCCCUCCG